UUUUUAUUACCGGCAACACUAAUAUAGCCGGAAAUAAUAUAUUUUUUCAUCUAAAUCGGGAUCUUUGUGGCUAGCUGGAAAAAAACAUUGGAAUUAAAAACUUUUUCCCGUGAGUUUUAGUCGCCGGAAAUACUCUUGACAAUACAGUAGCUUUAAUAACUUAUUACAGCGACUUAAUUUGACACAAUAUAUACCUCAUUAAAAUUGACUUAUUACAACGACUAGGAGUCGCUGUAAUAAGUCUUUUAAAUCCUAUCCCUCGCCUAAUUUCCGUCACUUUCCCUACUUCCCCCCCUCUCUCUCUCUCUGUCUCGCGCCUCUCUCUCUCUCUGUCUCUCGGGAUUUCAGAUUCUGACGGGGAUUUCCCAUCGGUCCACCGACGCCGUCUUCUCGCCGCCGUCUUCUCGUCGACGCCGCCCUGGCACGUAUGAUGAGACUGAUAGAAUAAUUGGGAAGACGAAGUAGAUAUCUUCUGCUCCUGUCCAUCUCAGUAUCUAUUCUCCAAAUGGAAUAUGUCAACAAUUGAAAGAGGCAGAGGUAGAGGUAGAGUCCGAGCAUGUGGCGUGAACUAUAAUGGAGGAAGAUCUCAAAGAAAUGAAGUUCGAAAUAGAGUACCUAUUGCUGCUCUUAGAGAUGAUGCAUUCUCAAGCUUAGAUGACUCAACUGAGCAACCCAAUGUCGUCCCAAAUGAUAUGCCAGCAGUCGAUGUGCCACUAAGCACAAACUCGUCUGUACCACCUUGUCGGAAGCGUGGGCGAGGAGAAGCAAAAUGCACGGAAUUUGAGAAGGUGCGAAAACAUGGAAAGAUACCCUUGAGGAUAAAGGAUGGUGAGACUGCACCUUGUUGUGAAAAUGCACUUAUUUUUACUACAAGAAUUACAUGGUUGGUUAAGCAUUAUAUGGACUUGUGUCAUGCAAGCUGGCACAACGUACCAGUUAAUGAAAAGGAAGAAUUGAUUUCAAGAGUUCAGAAUGACUUCAUCCUUGAUUGGACCAAGAAGAAUCAUCGUGAUGCGGUUACGAAGACACUACGCAAGCGAUUUAAUCAUAUUCGCUAUGAUUUACAUAGAACCUAUAAGCUAUAUGAUAGUAAUGAAGAAGCACUUGCGAAUGUGCCAUCAUGGGUGACACCAGCCACUUGGGUGAAGUUAUGCGCUCGAUAUUCAAGCGAGAACUUCAAGCGAAUGUCUGAACGAAAUAAAUUUAAUAGGGAGAAGCAACAAAACAAUCAUACAGCUGGACGAAGGUCAUUUGUACGGCUAAUGGAGAUGAGGUCUGGGAAUGAUGAAACUGUGGUUGAUUUCUUUAAAGAAGUGAGGUGGUCAAAAAAGAAGGACAAAUUUGUAACUCCUAUGAUGGAAAAGCAAUAUAAUAAGAUGGCUGCAAAUAUGUCAAAGUUGGAGCCUGAGAAGCAGACUAAGGAGGCUGCAAUGACAAUUUUCAAGGAAGUUUUGGGUCAAAGGUCAGGAUAUGUAAGAGGGCUCGGCGAGAUGGUUAUUCCCGAAUCAUCUAGACAAGCAACUGAUGCCCAAAUAGCAGAAUUAACUGAACGUGCAGAAAGACAUGAGAAAGAGGCUGCAGAUUAUAAGGGACAACUUGAUGACUUACGAGAGAAUGUCAUGUUACUACAAGCCAAAUACGACAAGUUUAUAGAGAUAUGAGUCAGAGAGGCAGACUC